GUUUUGUACCUUCAAACAAGUCUCUAGUCAUUUAGCGUUACACGUACUCUGUAUAUUCUUUGUAGCAAAAAUGGCCGGCGUUUCUCUGAUUAGUCGAUUUCCUUCCAGUUCGGUGUUGGCGUUGUCGUACCCGAAACCCAGCUCGCGAUUCUCGAGCUUUUUGGUUAAUUCUAUGAGCUUUCCCGUGAAGAACUCGGCAAAAUCGAAGCUUCUUUUUGCUGGAGGAGUCCAAAAGAAAUUCAAUUUCACUGUGCGUGCUGGUACUGAAGAGAAUUGGGAACCAGAGUCUAACGAAUCUUCAUCGGCGGUGGCAGAGGAGGAGCCAGUGCCGUACAAGGAGCCAACAGAGAUUGAUUUGUUGAAGAAGCAAUUGGUUGAUACGUUUUAUGGGACGACCCGUGGAUUGAGUGCCACGAGUGAAACUAGGGCGGAAGUUGUGGAGUUGAUUACGCAGCUAGAGGCGAAGAAUCCGACUCCGGCACCGACGGAGGCUCUUAGUCUUCUCAACGGAAAAUGGAUUUUGGCCUAUACAUCUUUCCUAGGCUUGUAUCCUUUGCUGUCAAGGGGAACCUUACCAAUGGUGAAAGUUGAAGAGAUAUCACAAACCAUCGACUCGGAAAAUUUUGCCGUCCAGAAUUGUGUCGUUUUUUCUGGACUAGGGUCCACUACGGCUAUCACUACAAAUGCAAAGUUUGAAGUCAGAAGUCCCAAGCGUGUACAGGUACAACCCAGGGAGCAAACUUUUCAUUGCUUUAUACGUUAACACCUAAUAAGGUUUGCAAAAUCUUAGCAAUGUAGUGCGGUUUGCAGACCCAAAAUCUAGGUCUAAGGGGCUGUUUACUAACCAUUUAUUGCCUCUUGCCGGGUAACUAAACAUUUAGGGGCCGUUUACCAAAUACCUGCUGGGUAAACUCUUAUCAGCGAGAGUCACUACCCUCACUUACCUUAUCGGGUAACAUUCUUGCCAUUACAGUGGAUUGUUGGUAGCAUCCCAUACCCGGUAGACUCUAACCGGGUAAGAUUUUCUCUCCUUUCCAUGCCUCUUACCAGGUAAGAUUCACUGUCCUUGUCAUUGUCACCGGCUAAGGUAAGUGACACCCGGUAAGUGUUUGGUAAACGACCCCUUAUUGCCUCUUACCAAGUAACUAAUCAUUUACGGCCUCUUACUGUGGUCAGAAAUGAUGAUGUUUACCAAUAAUGUUAUGUUACCAUAUUGCUAUCUUACUAGGUAAGUGAGGUUGGUGACU